AUGGCACCUCGCAUAGAGGCUCAGGAGAUUGAGACGUACUGGAACAUCUUCAGCGCGAGGACGAACGGCUCCAAGUUCCUCACGGGAGAGCAGGCGGCACCUGUACUCAAGAACUCGGGACUCCGCGACGAUCAGCUCGAGAGGGUGUGGGACCUUGCCGACGUCGACAAUGAUGGAAACCUGGACUUUGAGGAGUUUUGCGUGGCCAUGCGCGUCAUCUUUGACAUACUCAACGGGGAGCACGCCGACGUCCCGACUACACUCCCGGAUUGGCUCGUUCCGGAAUCCAAGGCACACCUGGUCCAAGCCAACCGAGCUCUAACAGGAAAGCAAGUACAAUUCGAGCGCGUGGACGAUGACCCCGACUCACCGGGCCUCAAGGAUGGGUUUGACUGGUAUAUGAGCCCGGCGGAUAAGUCCAAGUACGAAUCGAUAUACCAAGAGAAUAGGGAUAUGCGGGGAGAAGUGUCGUUCGGCGCCCUCGAGGACCUCUACGAAUCACUCGAUGUUCCAGAUACAGACAUUAGAUCGGCCUGGAAUCUGAUUAACCCUUCAGCUGGCCCUACGAUCAACAAGGACGCCUGCCUCGCCUUUCUCCACAUUCUCAACUACCGCCACGAAGGCUACCGGAUCCCCAGGACGGUUCCUGCGUCUCUCCGCGCUUCUUUCGAGCGCAACAAGAUCGACUACCAGGUUGACAAGCAGGCAGCCUCGCGGUGGGCAACCAAAGCCGACGACGAGACCUCCACUGGCCGCAAGGCCAAAUUUGGUGAUCAAUACCUGACCCGUCUGGGGCGCGGCAGCUUCAAGACAUCUGGCACCGACUUUUCAAGUGCCCAGACGGAUUCGGAAUGGGAGGAGGUGCGGCUGAAGAAACAGCUCGCUGAGCUGGAUGCCAAGAUGGCGAGCGUCGAGGCUGAUGCCGAGAGGCGAAAGGGUGGCAAGCGCGAUUCGAAGCCGGCGCUUGUCAAACGCGAGUUGGAGCAGCUUCUAGACUACAAGCGGAAGCAACUUCGAGAGAUAGAAGAGGGCAACACCAAGGGUCAGGGUGCUGGAAGCCUCAAGGGGAUACAGGAUGAUUUGCAGACUGUUCGGGAGCAGACCGAUGGCCUGGCGUCGCAUCUGAGGUCGAGGCAACAACACCUUGAAGAACUGCGUCGGCAAAUCGAGGACGAGAAGGCAGGCAGGUGA